UGUAAUUUUUUUUUUACAAAAUAAAAAAAGAAAAACAAUAAAUAUAUUUUUUAUUUACCUGACAAACGUACAUAAUAUUGAGCUAAUAAUUAUAAAAAGUUUAUUUAAUUAUUUAAAAAACAGAGUGAUAAAAGUGAAGAAUAUAAUUUGAAGUUUUGUUGGGUUUUGGAAAACUGUUUAUUGUUGGACCGAUAUCCUGUUUUCAUUUUUUUUUUUUUCAUCAUUUUGACAAUAUCGUGAGACAAUCAACUCCAAUAAAAAUUCCAGAAUAAAUAUUGUACAUCAAAAAAAAAUUUCAUAUCAAUUUGUGUUGUUUUUCUUAACAAAAAGACCAAAACAAAAAUUAUUAUUUAAAUAAAUAACAUUAUAGAUAUACAAUUAACAUUCUUGGAAUAACAACAAUUCUAUUUUCAAAAAAAGAGUAAAAAAAAAAGAGCAAUUUCAACAAUAAUAAUCUAUUUAUUGUUCUAAUUAAUUUGGAAUUUUUUUAACAACACCACCAUGAGUGGUGCAUUGGCGUCUGGAAGUGACCAGGUCGUCAAAGAAGGCUGGUUACAAAAACGAGGUGAACAUAUUAAAAAUUGGCGUUCAAGAUAUUUUGUAUUGCGAGAUGAUGGUACAUUAGUUGGUUUUAAAUCAAAACCAGAUCAACAAAUAGCAGCAAGUGCACAGCCACUUAAUAAUUUUACAGUACGUGGUUGUCAAAUAAUGUCUGUUGACAGACCAAAACCAUUUACAUUUGUCAUAAGAGGUUUACAAUGGACAACUGUUAUUGAAAGAACAUUUCAUGUUGAAACUGAACAAGAAAGAGAAGAUUGGGUUGCUGCAAUACGUUAUGUUGCUGAUAAAUUGGCAAAUGAAGAACAACAACAAAAUCCACAAAUGCAAAUGACAUCAUCAUCAGAAGAUGUUGAUAUGGAUACAACAACAACAACAAGAACAUCAACAACAACAACAACACGAUCUGAUUCAAGUGGUUCAAUUGGUAUGGUUACAACUGAUGCAACUGGUGAUGGUAGUAUUGAUGAAUUAUCAGCUAAAUUUAGUGUACAAGGUACAUCAAGUAGUAAAAGUACUGGUAAAAAAAAAGUUACACUUGAAAAUUUUGAAUUUCUUAAAGUACUUGGUAAAGGUACAUUUGGCAAAGUAAUAUUGUGUCGUGAAAAAGCAACUGGUCAUCUUUAUGCAAUUAAAAUAUUAAGAAAAGAAGUUAUAAUUAGAAAAGAUGAAGUUGCACAUACAUUGACAGAAAAUCGUGUUUUACGUACAACAAAUCAUCCAUUUUUAAUUUCAUUAAAAUAUAGUUUUCAAACAGCAGAUCGUUUAUGUUUUGUAAUGGAAUAUGUUAAUGGUGGUGAAUUAUUUUUUCAUUUACGACGUUCACGUAUAUUUGGUGAAGAACGUACACGUUUUUAUGGUGCUGAAAUAAUAUCAGCACUUGGAUAUUUACAUUCACAAGGAAUAAUAUAUCGUGAUGUUAAACUUGAAAAUUUAUUAUUAGAUAAAGAUGGACAUAUUAAAAUUGCUGAUUUUGGUUUAUGUAAAGAAGAUAUAACAUAUGGACGUACAACAAAAACAUUUUGUGGUACACCAGAAUAUCUUGCACCUGAAGUACUUGAAGAUAAUGAUUAUGGACGUGCUGUUGAUUGGUGGGGUGUUGGUGUUGUUAUGUAUGAAAUGAUAUGUGGUCGUUUACCAUUUUAUAAUCAUGAUCAUGAAAAAUUAUUUACCCUAAUAUUAUUGGAAGAAGUUAAAUUUCCAAAAACAAUAACAAGUGAAGCUAGAGAUUUACUUGGUGGUUUACUUAUUAAAGAUCCAAAUAAACGUCUUGGUGGUGGUCCAAAUGAUGCUAAAGAUAUUAUGAAUCAUCCAUUUUUUUCAUCAAUUGAUUGGACUGAUCUUGUACAAAAAAAAAUACCACCACCAUUUAAACCACAAGUAUCAUCUGAUACUGAUACACGUUAUUUUGAUACUGAAUUUACUGGUGAAAGUGUUGAAUUAACACCACCAGAUCAGGGUAUAUUACAAGGUAGUCCUGGUGGUUUAAAUUCCAUUGCUGAAGAACAAGAACAUUUUCCACAAUUUUCUUAUCAAGAUAGUCAUUCAGCAGCAACAUCUUCCAUUUCAGUUUCAAUAACACACUGACAUCAUUAUCAAAAAUAAUUGAGUUUUAUUUCAGCUGUUUAAUCUAGUUAUUUUUUUUUUUUUUUCUUUUCCUUUUUUUUUUUCAAAAAACAAAAAAGGAAAAAAAGAAAAAAAAAAACAUAUUUUAAAAAAUUCUUUUUUUUUUUUUUUCAUUUUUAUUUACCACAUAUCUGAAAUGUCAAUAAUUAACUAAGUGAUAAUAAUAAUUAUUUUUUUUUUUAUUAUUAUUUUGAUAUAUACAUAUUGUUUUUUUUUUUAUUUUUUUUUUUUAUGGUCAAAAUUAAUUAAUUUAUUUUGUUUAAUUUUAAAUUUAACAAAAUAUUACGAAUAAAUCAAUUAUUUAUAAUUGCCCAAAUAUUUUGCAGCAUGUGAUGAGAAAAUAAUAAAAUUAAAAAAGAUAAUGAUAAACAACAAUAUAUAUAUAAUAAAUAUAUAUAUUUAUUUAUGUUUUAACAAUUGAAAUAAUGUGUGGUGUAG